AUGGCUCCUCGAGGUCCAUCUUCAGCUUUCGAAAGCGAAACCUUUGGGCAAGAUGCGUCUUUCAGACUCGAGCAACCCGUGGGAUCCAUGACCAUCUCCCCAAGUGGUCGGGAUGUUGCAUUGGCUUCCAAAGAAGGGCUUCACAUCAUUGACCUUGAUUCUCCCUACUCUCCUCCACGUUACCUUCCUCACCGGACUCCCUGGGAAGUUGCUGAUGUUCAAUGGUCUCCCUUUGCAGCAAGGGACUACUGGGUUGUCAGCACGUCGAACCAGAAAGCCCUGGUUUGGAAUCUGGAUGCGCGAUCAUGGCAGGAUCCCAUCGAAUUCGUGCUUCACGGCCAUACGCGAGCAAUAACCGACAUCAAUUUCUCCGCCCAUCAUCCUGACGUCCUUGCAACUUGCGCUGUCGACAGCUUCGUUCACAGCUGGGACUUGCGGGCCCCAGCGAGACCUGUCAAUUCCUUUUCCGAUUGGUUUGCAGGCGCAACUCAGGUCAAGUGGAAUCGGCAAGAUGAGCACGUCGUUGCAAGCUCGCAUGAUAAGUUUCUUCACAUCUGGGACGAUAGAAAUGGGGCAUAUCCUGUACGGACUAUCGAAGCCCACGGAACCAAAAUCUAUGGGAUUGACUGGAAUCGCCACCAUCAUAACAAGAUUGUCACCUGCUCUCUGGAUCGAACAAUCAAAUUCUGGGAUUUCGAUGGAGAAGAAAGUACAUUGGAGCGUGUCAUUGAAACCCCGUUCCCUGUGUGGAGAGCGCGUCAUACCCCUUUUGGAUGGGGACUGCUCGCCAUGCCCCAGCGCGGUAACAGCGACUUGCAUCUCUAUGAUCGUCGUGCGGUCAAUGGGGUUUUUGAGAGCGGCCCCGUACGUCCAGUUGCAACAUUCAAGGGCCAUGAGGGUCAGGUCAAAGAAUUCCUGUGGCGCGCUCGGGGUACAAUUGUUGACAACAUUGAUAAUCGAGACUUCCAGCUGGUGUCCUGGGGUACGGACAGGGAGUUAAGGCUUCAUGCGCUUGAGCCCGACAUUUAUGCAGACAUCGGAUACGAAAAAGGUGUCUCCAAAAUCCAACGGCUGAAUUUCACGCGAAGAGGUGCUGUGUACAAGACCUUUCGCGACGAUCCGGGGGACGCAGAUUCCCCGUUGGACGAAACCUCUCGCAGUGAGGUCUUCCCUCGUCACGGCCACCUAACGCAUUUCCGACCUCGCUCAAGCACUAGUGUUGGCAUGAGUAAAAUACCUGUUUCGCAAUUUCGCGGCUGGGUUCAAGGAGGUCGUUAUGCACAAAGAUCCGGUAUGCACGGAAGAGGCAUCAAUCGGCAGAAUACGGAUCCGAUCUCAUGGUUAAAGAACGUCAAGAUAUUUUCUUGGGACCCUGACACAUUGGCCGAAGAAAUCCGGCAGGUAGGAGAAAAGUUCAAAAAGGUAGAAUUUGAGGUCGUCGAUAUCUCGCAUCGAAAGGCUGUCAUGUCACUCCAAGCACCCUGGGGGGAGGACCAGAGCCAAAUUUACCUGAGAGUGGAGAUGAGGUUUCCCAAGCAAUACCCUCGGAAUGCCAAUGCCGUCCUGACAUUACAGAAGUCGGGAUUUCUGGACGAAGCAACGCACAAGCUGAUAACAACAGAGCUGCACACAAUCGCAGAGACCUAUGCCUCCAGGAAACGCGGGUGCUUGGAAGCAGUCCUCCGUUACUUGCUGAGGGACCAGAAUCUUGAACAGAUUGUAGCUUGGGUACUUGGGGAAUCGCUGACUGAUUCGAAGAUCUUGGAUACGAGUACAGUCGGCGCCGACGACUCCAGCAGUGACAGUGAUGAUCAACUAGAUGGCGUGCGGGAAGGUCUCGACGCUUCGGCGAACAUUCUGGUUCCGCUGGCCAAGGGCUGUGGUGCCCUUUGGUCCGAGACUGGAAAGUUGGUUUGCUUCUUUCCCGACAAAGGAAAUGAGCCUGUUUCCUUCUUGAGCACUUUGGGUGUUAAAGACCUCGAUGACUCGGAUUCGAGCAGACUCUUCGAAGGCUUUGGCCGUCUCCACGCCAGCUCACCGGCCCGCAAAACCACACGAGGGGCGAAAACAGCGGACGAUGAAUCUGGUUCUGAGACGUCAGAUUCCUCGUGGCAUUCAUCAAGCAGUUCUUCAUCCUCCUUCGAGACCGAGCAAAACAUCCCCGGCGUGUCAUCAUACCGAGUAGGGGCUUCGGGUCUCCAGCAGCGGUCGCGUUCCCCCGACCGGUCCAAUCAAUCUACCACCGGUGGCCACAACAAGCUGAAUGAUGCUCCUCGUAAGAGUGCCGUGUCAAUACAUACCUUUGAUGAUUUAAUUCCCUCAAAGCGUGACCUGGCGGUUGAGUACCAACUUUCUGGAAACGGCCCAGACGUCUGCAAACAUAAUGCUGCGGUUGCUCGAAAUGCGUCUCUGAGAGACCUGGAAUCUGUGUGGACAGUUGUCGGACUUGUCUUGAACGACUCGAUCCCGCUGGAAGUUCUGUCGGGAACGCGAGAUCCCACGUUGCAAGACAUCCUGGUAAUUGCAAAAAUGGCUAGGGGAAGAUCUCUCGGAAAGGGCGACAACCAUCUAGACGCACGCAAAGUCUUUGGCAGGACCCGAUGGGGAAACCACCCUUUCGGCUCGACAUACCUGCUUCCUGCUAUCUUCGACCAUUACGAGAGACUGGGUGAUGUGCAGAUGCUUGCCACAUUGGCCUGCGUCCUUGCAUCAAGCAUCAACCAUGGUGACAUACCAGGAGAUGCCCAGGCGCCUACGAUGCCUUCCGACUAUAUCUCCCGCAUUCCAGGUGACUACUUUCCAUCCAGGGCCGUGGCCAAAGCCUUCUUUCGAAAGGAUGCCGAUGUGGAAGGAUACGUCUUCGUCCACACCAACAGUGUCCCUCAUGGACCCGGCGUACAAGGGCUAGGAGGUCCUGAAAGCCGGCGCAGACCAACCCAUCUCUUAGGCCGUCAGGACAGCCAAUUCUCUUCUAGGGGAACAAGUUCCAUUGGUGACGACUCCCAUGACCAAUCUGCGCCGUAUUCAACGGCGGUUUCUGUCUCGACGUCUCCUGAAGGAAAUCGGCUGAGCAACAGAACAACCUCUGGCAUUUCUUAUCCUUCUGCGCGAGCGAGUCUGUCGGCUUUGACCCAGUCGUACUCAAACUCCCCUCCGAACCAGAGUUCAUCGUCAGGUUUUGCUUCUAGUCUGAAAAAAUAUAGUCCCUCGGGGUCAUUAGCGCCUAACUGGGUGUCUUCUGGCAUAUUUGGCAGUCAAACGACAAGCCGGGGCUCACGGACGCCCUUCCAUCAUAAUGAAGGAGCGAGUCAAGAUGGCCGCGAGCCAGGCAACCGCUCAUCGUUGGCGUCCUCCGGUGCACAGAGCUCCCGGAGGAGUCACACUACGCAAAUGUCGGCAGUUUCGCGCAGCGGUGUAUCUGCGGCCGAGUCUGAGGUCUCUGAGAAGACAUUGGGCAAGAAUCCUCCAAAGCGUAGGAGAAUUAAAACUCGCCUGGUAAACCAGGGCAAAUUCGAUCUGGACGGGUACUCGUCCGGGUCGAUCCUGGACCGUAUUCUCGAAAUGAAGUGCAGGGUCUACCGGCAAAGCUAUGCACAUCUUCUCGAUGUGUGGCAGUUGCAUCUCCAGCGCGCCGAGGUGCUGAAAUUUGACGGCACAGCAGCAGAAGGGAUCGAUAUGGAUAAUGGCCGACCAAGUACUGUUCAGCCACCACCUGCACCUGGCUUAGGACGCCCACGCAGGAAGACCUUGAGUUCAAUAUCUCGAGGCACGGAUCUUGGCCUGGAAAUAAAACGCUUGUGUCGCAAUUGUGGGGGGCUUCCAGCACCAAUCGAGAAGAAUGGCAUACCCAUCGGAUGGCAUUGUGGAUGGUUUGGCGCUCGACGAGUCAAGCACGACCAAACAGGAUCGAGGCGGUCUUCGGCGGAGAAACCACAACUUUCGCCAAUCGAGGACAAGGAUGAUGCAGAUGCCUUCGUGCCAUAUCCUCCGUCCAUCGACAAUCAAGAGCAUGCCUAUCUUGAACCGCCCCAACUGACCCAUCAGCUCAGCCAUAGUAGCAGAGGAAGUUCGAACCUGCCUCGCUCGACGAGUCCCCUCGUCCCUGCUUCAUCUUAUUCUCAUUCCUCUACCGACACCGGCACCGGCACUGGCACUGGAGCGGCAGAUACUGCGCUGGCGGCUUUUCUCGCUCUCACCCAGUCCCACCAGCGCUCGAAAUCUGUUAACCUGGGGUCAGCGCGUAGCAAGGCCUCCUCUAUCUCGCGAGCUUCCGAAAUGCAGAGCCAAGGCGGUUCGAGUAAAAUGCCACAUGAAAGUGGCAAAACAACUAUAUCAGAAAGCGAUGCAGAACCAGCUACGCGGGAAGGAGAGGACUCCGGCUCACUCAACCCUUUUGCCGGCAGUACCAUUGCGACUCUGGGCAGAGGGAUUGGAGCGGGCCUGAGUCGUGGGCUGACUUCAAAGGCCAGCGACGCCACCAUUCGGAGAAUUAAGUGA